AUGCCGCCUCUCUUGCGGGGCUCCUGCUGGCUGUGCCUGCUGGCUCUGCUGCCCGGCCUGGGCGCGCCGAUGCCGUCGGAGAUCGUGACUCCCCUCCGCCUGGACCCGGAUCUCAACGGGCGGCAGUACUUCCAGCGGGGGGCCGAGGAGCCCUCCCAGCCGGGGGCCAUCUUCCAGAUCACCGCCUUCCAGGAGGAUUUCUACCUGAACCUGAGCCCGGAUGCCCAGUUCCUGGCGCCCGCCUUCGCCACCCGCUACCUGGGCGCCCCGCGGAGGGCUGAGCCCGGGGACUUGCGCCGCUGCUUCUACUCCGGCGACGUCAACUCGGACCGGGACUCCUUCGCCGCCCUGAGCCUCUGCGGAGGGCUGACCGGCGCCUUCGGCUACCGCGGGGCCGAGUAUCUCAUCAGCCCGGUCCGCAACGCCAGCGGCGCCCAGGCUGGACGGCCGCUGCGCAACAGCCAAGGAGCGCACCUGUUGCAGCGGCGGAGCGCGCCUCGCCACGCCGCGGCCACCUCUCGCUGCGGGGUGGAUUCCGCCUCCCACCCGGCCCUGGCGCAAGCCCUGGAGAAGUACAAGGGCUCCGGGCCCGGCAACGGCGGGGCCAGGCCGGGCCAGAACGAGACGGCGGGCCGGGGGCUGCCCGCCUCGGCCAGGAAGAGCGGCCGCGCCAAGCGCUUCGUCUCCAUCCCCAGGUACGUGGAGACGCUGGUGGUGGCCGACGAGUCCAUGGUCAAGUUCCACGGCGAUGACCUCCAGCACUACCUGCUGACCCUGAUGGCCACGGCCGCCCGGCUCUACCGGCACCCCAGCAUCCAGAACCCCAUCAAUCUGGCGGUGGUCAAGUUCCUGGUCAUCGGGCAGGACGACAAGGGGCCCAAAGUGACGAACAACGCGGCGCUGACCUUGCGCAACUUCUGCGUCUGGCAGAAGAAGUGGAACAAGGGCAGCGACAAGCACCCCGAGUAUUGGGACACCGCCAUCCUCUUCACCAAACAGGAUUUGUGUGGUGCUACCACUUGUGACACCCUGGGAAUGGCGGAUGUCGGCACCAUGUGUGAUCCCAAACGCAGUUGCUCCGUCAUUGAGGAUGAUGGUCUUCCUUCUGCUUUUACUACAGCUCACGAGCUAGGACAUGUGUUCAACAUGCCCCAUGACAACGUGAAGGCUUGUGAAGAAGUCUUUGGUAAACUGAAGACUAACCACAUGAUGUCCCCCACUCUCAUCCAAAUUGAUCGUAUUAACCCAUGGUCACCUUGUAGCACGGCUAUCAUCACUGACUUCCUGGACAGCGGACAUGGUGAUUGCCUUUUGGACCAACCCACCAAGCCGAUCUCUUUGCCUCAAGAACUUCCCGGUUCCAGCUAUAAUCUCAACCAGCAGUGUGAGCUGGCCUUUGGCAUUGGCUCCAAGCCUUGCCCGUACAUGCAAUACUGCACCAAGCUUUGGUGCACCGGAAAGGCUCGUGGCCACAUCAUGUGCCAGACCCGUCACUUCCCUUGGGCUGAUGGCACCAGCUGUGGAGAAGGGAAGUUCUGCAUGAAAGGUUCCUGUGUGGAGAGGCAUAACAUCAGUAAGUACCGGGUGGAUGGAAACUGGGGGAAGUGGGCACCUUAUGGAACAUGUUCACGGACAUGUGGUGGAGGAGUCCAGCUGGCUAAACGUCAAUGCAACAAUCCGGCUCCAGCCAAUGAAGGGAAGUACUGUGAAGGGGUUCGAGUUAAAUAUCGUUCCUGCAGUUUGGAUCCCUGCUUUGCUUCAGUUCCAGGAAAGAGUUUUCGGGAAGAACAAUGUGAGGCUUUCAAUGGCUACAACCAUAGCACGAACCGACUCACCGCCAUUGUCUCCUGGGUCCCCAAAUAUUCUGGGGUGUCACCCCGGGAUAAAUGCAAGCUCAUCUGUCGAGCCAAUGGAACUGGCUACUUUUAUGUCUUAGCCCCAAAGGUGGUGGAUGGUACACCAUGUUCUCCAGACUCUAGCUCGCUAUGCGUCCAGGGAAAAUGUAUCAAAGCUGGGUGCGAUGGGAAACUUGGUUCCAAAACGAAAUUCGACAAGUGUGGCGUGUGUGGAGGAGACAACAAAAGCUGCAAGAAAGUUUCAGGCUUGUUCACCAAACCUAUGCAUGGCUACAACUUUGUGGUGCUCCUCCCAGCUGGUGCUUCCAGCAUUGACAUCCGUCAGAGAGGCUACAAGGGUCUGAUUAGUGAUGACAAUUACUUGGCCCUGAAGAAUGGGCAUGGCAAAUAUCUUCUGAAUGGACAUUUCAUUGUCUCCCCGGUGGAAAAGGACUUAAUAGUCAAGGGCAGCGUGAUUCGCUAUAGUGGAACAGGUACAGCAGUGGAAAGCCUCCAAGCCUUUAUGCCCAUCCAGGAACCCCUGACAGUGGAAGUGCUAUCAGUUGGGAAGAUGACACCACCUCGAGUACGCUACUCCUUCUACUUGCCCAAAGAAAGCAAAGAGGACAAGUCUUCCUACCACCGUAAAGAUGGGAAGCGUCCUCCAGUCCUCAACAACAGUAUUCUCAGCCUGUCCAACCGCCUGGAGCUGGGUCAGCUGGAUUACAAACGCCCCGCUUACAAAUGGGCCACCACCAACUGGGAAGACUGUUCAGUCACUUGUGGCAACGGUCUGCAGAAACGCAUGGUGCUGUGUCGUGACGCCCUUGGCCAGUUGGCCUCCUCUUGUGACGCCACUCAGAGGCCUAUUGAUAUCAGGAUAUGUGGAGAUCCUUGCCCAACAUGGGAGGCAUCACCGUGGUCCUCGUGCUCCAAAACUUGUGGCAGGGGGUUUAAAAGGCGCAUACUGAGAUGCACAGGACGAGGUGGCAUACUGCUGCCCCGUGAACGCUGCAACCUCAGGAAGAAACCACAGGAGUUAGACUUUUGCACCCUGAGACCUUGCUGACCCGGCUGUCUCCACAAUUGACCAAAGCCAAAUGUGCUACUUUCUGAACAAGUGGCUGAAAGUGUAAACAUAGCCUCUGGGGGGAGGGAAUGGGAUCCAACUGAAUCAAAGGGGGUCUGGUCCAUAGUGCAUUUUGACCAAGAACAUUCUAAGAGAAGAGAAGAAUACCAAUAAGAAGGGGGCUUGAUAGAGGUUUUGACCAUCCAGUCACUUAGUAGUAAAGCAGAAGUAAACAACUACCUCGAAGUUGCCCAAACCUCCUAGAAGUUAUCACAAUUCAGCCAUGCAUUCUGAGG